GGGGGGGAGAGUGAGUCCCCGAGUCUGGAGUCGGAGAAAUUUGAAGCCCUCCUACUCCAGGGAAUCCAUGUCUGUCUGUAAUUUUGCCGAGAAAUGUCCCGUUUCCGUCAAAAUGCUUAAACCCUAAACAUAAUUCAGAAGAGAAGAGCUCGACUAGGCUAGGAGGAUUGAGGAUCGAGGAAGCUUUAUAAUCUAACAGUAAUCAAUGAUGCACAGGCGACCUCUAGCGAGUGUGAGAGCGAGGGUUUCGUUGCGCUCAAUUUCAGAUUGGCUUUGUAAAUCUCAACCACACUACCAUCACCAUCACCAUCAUCAUCAUGGACCAAGACUUGCUUCUCAAAAACUGGACUCCCCUCGCACUCUUACAACAUCUAAUGUGAUUAAUGCAGGUCAUCAAGUUAUGUGGCACGGAGCAGAAUCUAUUACAAGGUCCGUGCAGAUGCAAAUUGUUGAUGCACUACGCUUGGGUGAGAGGGGCAAAGCUUCAAAUAUGCUUUUGAAUCUUAGCCACGUGAACCAUUCCUUAGGAGCUGAUGAUUUCCUUCAUAUUCUUAAGUACUGUGCCAGGUCACCUGAUCCAUUGUUUGUAAUGGAGACUUGGAGAGUAAUGGAUGAAAAGGAGAUUACCCUGAAUAACUUAUGCUCCUUGCUCAUGAUGCAAGCUCUAUGUAAAGGAGGAUAUUUAGAGGAGGCAUUUAAGUUGAUAAAUUUCCUAGGAGAAAGUCAAGGCAUCUAUCCAGUUCUACCUAUCUACAACAGUUUCUUAAGGGCUUGUGCUAAAAUGCAAAGUAUGAUAAAUGCCAACCAGUGUUUGGACUUGAUGGAGCAUCAAAUGGCGGGGAAGAAUGAAGUUACAUAUUCGGAGCUUCUCAAGUUUGCAGUUUGGCAACAAAACCUCCCUGCAGCACAUGAAAUUUGGGAGGACUAUAUCAAACACUACAGUCUGAGCAUUAUACCUCUACGGAAGUUUAUUUGGUCCUUUACUAGGUUGGGAGAUUUAAAAUCUGCGUAUGUGACGUUGCAACGUAUGGUGGCUUUAAUCACCAAGGGAAACACGAAUGUUAAUAGAACUUCUGAUGGAAAGUUGUUUUCUUCAAGAUUGGACAUUCCUAUACCUUCAAAUUGUGAAUUAAGCUUGGGGAAACUAGAUUUGGAGGAGAAUGAACUUUCUGUUCCUUCCAUAUACUGUAAACCUUUGGAUGAUCAUGCUGUUAGUGCAGAUCAGUCGACUACUUUUGGCUUGGGAGUUGGAGAACUUGAGAAUAAUCGGCUAGAUAUGCUUGAUAAACAUUUAAGCAAGCCUGUUAAGAAAAUUUUGAGAUGGUCAUUCAAUGAUGUGAUUCAUGCUUGUGCACAGUUGAGAAAUGAUGGUCUGGCAGAGCAGUUAAUCCUACAGAUGCAAAAUUUUGGGUUGCAACCAUCCAGCCAUACAUAUGAUGGCUUUGUCAGAGCAGUUGCUUCUCAGAGAGGUUUCAGUAUUGGAAUGGAAAUUUUACAAGAUAUGCAGCAGAGAAAUCUGAAGCCAUAUGAUUCCACUCUUGUCACCCUUUCUAUAGGUUGCAGCAAAGUGCUAGAACUGAAUUUAGCUGAGGCUCUGCUGGAUCAAAUAUCUGAAUGUUCAUAUCCACAUCCUUUCAAUGCUUUUUUUGCAGCAUGUGAUACAACGGAUCAACCUGAGCGAGCAGUGCAGAUGUUGGCUAAAAUGAAACAAUUAGAAGUUAUGCCUAAUAUUAACACGUACGAGCUGCUGUUUUUAUUAUUUGGAAACGUGAAUGCCCCAUAUGAAGAGGGCAACAUGUUGUCACAGGUGGAUGCUGCUAAACGUAUCAAUGCUAUAGAAAUGGAUAUGGCAAGAUACGGUAUUCAGCACAGUUACUUAUCAAUGAACAACUUGUUGAAAGCCCUUGGAACAGAGGGGAUGAUAAGAGAGCUGAUCCAGUAUUUGCAUGUGGCAGAAAAUCUUUUUUGUCGUAAUAAUGUUGAUCUGGGAACACCCAUCUAUAAUACGGUGUUGCAUUCACUUGUUGAGGCUAAGGAAAGUCAAAUGGCAAUUAAGAUAUUUAAGAGUAUGAAGUCAUUUGGUUUCCCGGCAGAUGCUGCGACGUAUAAUAUAAUGAUUGAUUGCUGUAGCAUUCUGAAAUGUUAUAGAUCUGCUUCUGCAUUGAUAUCCAUGAUGUUGCGAGAUGGCUUUUAUCCGGUAACAGUGACUUACACUGCUCUCAUAAAGAUUCUGUUGGAAGAUGAUGACAUUGAUGAAGCAUUGAAUCUUUUGGAUCAAGCCAGCUCAGAAGGGAACAAACUUGAUUCUUUGUUAUUCAAUACCAUUCUCCAAAAAGCCUGUGAAAAGGAAUUGAUUGAGGCAGUUGAAUUAGUAGUUGAAUGGAUGCACCAAGAAAAGAUCCAGCCUGAUCCAGCGACCUGCCAUUUUGUUUUCUCGGCAUAUGUGAACUGUGGCUUUCACAGCACAGCCAUGGAAGCACUGCAGGUUUUGAGUAUGCGUAUGAUAUGCAAUGAAGAUGGAAGCUUUCCAGAAAAGGCAGAAUAUGAGGAUGUCUUUAUAUUUGCUGAAGACAUGGAAGCGGAAUCACGAAUAGUACAGCUUUUUGAAGAUUCUGAAGAGAACCUUGCUGCUGCCCUUUUGAAUUUAAGAUGGUGUGCGGUGCUCGGCUUCCCAAUUUCUUGGUCACCUAGUGAAAGCCCUUGGGCCAGAAGACUCUCAUUUAACUACACUACCAGGAAAGGAGCCGCCUAAUAUAUUGGUAGAACUCUGGCUCGAGCAAGUUUCCUUUAUUUUUUUAGUGGGGGGGGGGGGGGUGGGUGGGGUGCGUGGUGUUGGAACGAGGCCUAAGGGUUUAGGGCCUUGUGAAGGAAAGAGAGAGGACAUGAGAAGCACUUUAGCAGAAAAGAGAUCCUAGAAUACAAAGACACCGGUUUAGGUCCUGAUGAGACCACAGUGGGGCGAUUAAUACGUAGUGCGACUAAUAUUGAAUAAAAUGGACCAACUAGGAAGGUCUGGGAACAAACAAGCACUGAUGUAUUGUAGAUUGUAGAAAAUUAGGUGAGCCGAGUGUGGAUGUUACUUAGUAAUGGGCGGUUUUGGAUGACGGGAUGCCCUUCUAAUUUUCUAUCCGAUGGUGUUAAUUUGUAAGUUGUUGCUCGUGUAAACAAGGAUAAGUGUGCCUAAAUCGGUCUGCAGUUGUCUAAACAAGAUUAACAGUGCCUAAUAGUAAUAGCCUUGUGGAACAAGUUCGCAUU